AAACUACUUGUUCAAAUAUCUUGUUACUUGAUACUCCCGCAUUCGACAGGGAUUCUGAAAACGAGACCAAACCCAUAAUCUUAUCAAUCGAUUGGUCGUUAGCCAGAACUUAUUUUGUGGAUUGAUCUUGUGCGUCUUAUCUCUUUGUGUGAAACGUUGCAACGAUCAUUCAAAUUCCUUUUACAUCCUGUCAUUUUUGACUAUACCACCAGUUUUCGUUUAUAGGGGCUACUACCACUAGCUUUCUUUUUUUUGCCCUUCUGUUUUUUUGGGUAUUGGGUUAUUUUAGAAAUAGAUGUAUUAAAGUAGAUGAUGACUUCUAUUCAGUUGGAUCCAGAUCCUUUAGGGUGUUCGAAGUUUGAACAGAAUCAGCAUCUCCUACAAAGACAACACCCACAACAAAGACAGAGACAGAACAAGCUGUUUACCCAACCGGGAGAAUCAGCCACCACUCCAAUAGCUAUUCCAUCUGCUAUGCCCAUCAGAUCUUCGCCUUUGAAUCAAAAGACUUCUUUUAAAAAUUAUCAUUUACAAUCUAAGAAUCAUAAAAAUCCAUCCUUUUCGUCAUCUCCGUCGCCGAAUUCCAUGAGCUAUAAGACUUCCAAUUCCCAUUCAAAACCAUACCAGCCUUCUAGAAGAUCAUUCUCAACCUCUUCUUCUCUUAAGCAAGCUUCUAUUAAUAUAACUUCUAUUAAGAAAUCCACCCGCUCUACUUCGUCGUCCUCUUUGUUAUCGCUAUCCAAAUCACUAUCGCCUUCUUCUUCAUUUCUAGAAAGUAACUCAGUACCAUCCACGAAGAAAUAUUCUAGGUUUAGUGAUGAUGAAUCCAAUUAUGUGUUGAUGAAACGUAAAUCUUCAGCACAUCCCUUAAGUUCUAAUGAUAUGGAGGAAGAAAUCCCCGUUUAUGAUUAUUUUUACACCAAUAAUUCAAAUAAUCAUAAUGGAUUGGAGUUUGAGUCUUCAUUAUCUUUCAAAUCACCUUGGAGACCGAAAAGCUUUUUGACAAGGACUUUGUCGUCUAGUUCGACCAAUUCUAUCGAGUCGACUGAUAGUGAAAUAUCCAUAAGAAGUGAAAUUCCUCUAGAGUCUCCAUUUGCAUCUUCAACCACCAGUUCUACCAAUACUUUGGCGAUUCCAAAGAUAAAUUCCAAAAAUACUAAUGAUUCUUCUGACUCCUUAUUAAAAGUACUAAAGAGAAAUGAUAAGGCACCAAUCCAACACUCAAAAGAUAAUCUAGUUUCGAAUUUAACUAAUUCUUUGAAAAAUUGGAAAUCUCAAUUAAUCAAUUAUUCACUCUCGUUAACACCUCGAAUGACUGACGACGUUCUACCUUUACCCACCUCAACGAAAGCAAAUGAAGUUACCAACAUUGAAACACCUGUUAUUGAUUCACCAAGUACUGAAUUGAAAACUUAUUCAAUCAAUAGUAAUAUAAAUUAUGAUGAUUCAAUAGUGAGACUUCCUCAAUUUCAUAAUUUUAAAAAUCGUGAUGAGAGAAUCAACUCUCAAUUCUUAAGAUUAUAUGCCCAAGAUUUCAAUGCAAGAUCAACAAACCUAUUACCAAACACUUAUACCAACGAUGAAUUCAUUCAACUUUACAAUAAAUCGGAAGGGGUAAGAAAUUUUCAUCAAAAUUUUAAUUUUUAUAAAAUAUCUAAUAUGUCAAAAGACAAAUUAUGGAAUAGUGUUAUAUUAAUACCAAGAAAUGAUCCGAUUCCAAAUGGCACAAUUGAAUAUCAAAAUUAUAUCUUCAUUGGUGAUGAUAAUAAAUUUGCUAAGAAUUCCUUAACGAGAUUGAAUGGUGAUUAUUUACCCUGGUCCAAUCGUUCCUCGAUCUCUUAUAAACCUGCUGGUGAACUUCCGGGUAUGAAACCUCGUAUUAAUGGACUAGCACCAAGUUCAGGAACUACAAAAGCUCAAUUCACCAUCAAAGGUUGGUGUAAUCGUAGAUGGGUCGAUUGCUCCAAAACUGAUGAUGACGACGAUGAUGAUGAAAUCAUUAAUCAUUGAAAAAGUUAAACAAAAGUCUUUUUUUAGCUCUUUCAAUUCUUUUACUUCUUUAUUCAUUUCUACUUUCCUCUUUGGGUUAUGUAUUUCUUCAUUUCUUUUAUUGCUUAAUUCACAUCUUACUUCUUUAUCCUUAUUUAUAUUAAUUACUAAUUUAUGCUCGUUCAAUACAUUAAUC